AUGAAAUUCUUCUUUCUUUUUUCAGGCAUUUCUGCAGUCAGAAUCAGCGAAAGCAGACUAGAAACAUUUCAAGCAAGCUCAAGAGAGGAAGACUGCCCAGACAAUCUUCUCCAGGAAGAAUGCAUCGGAGAAUGCCGGAUGGAUUUUACGAAUUGCCGACUUUUAUGCGAGACAGAGUACUGUCUCUCGAUUUGCGAUAGAGAAUACAAUGACUGUUUGAAUUCGUGCCCAUGUGGAGAAAAUUGCCCAGAAGGUUGUCGAAACUGUGAUCAUCCACUUUGUCCUGAAGAAGAACCAUACUACGACGAGCCAAAACCAUUCGUGGACCUGCACAACGCGUACAUAAUAGACGGCGUCGGCUCAAAAACCGUUCAAGCAACGAUCGAUGCUACGAAGGAGCAGUUCAUGUGGGGCGUCAAAUAUGCACUGGUCAAUGACAUACUGUUUGUUUUUGGAGGAGAAGAAGCAGGAAUGGACUUUAAUCACCGAAGAAUUGCUUAUCUCGAUGGCUGCAGUUUCGUGUUUCUAAAUUCUGCUUUGACUUUGGCGGAUGGGGAUAAAGCCAUGAUUUGCUUUGAAUACACGACUCAGAAAAAGACCUGCAAUUAUUUUGAUGGAGAGCAAGUCACCAUUGCACCGAUGACUUCUUACGAGCACAAAUACGCCGGCCUUGAUCAUCCAGCCGCUCUGUAUGGUCAUUCUCUUAUGGGUUUGAGUGACGGAACAAUGCUUUCAAUUGGUGGAUAUGAUGCUAUUGAAGAAACUGCUGUAACAGAUAUUGAUAUUUGGACUCUGAUUGGUAAUCUUCGAAAGAAAGUGUGCAAAGCAUCUACUCUCCAAUCUGGUUCGUCCAUUUUCUUGUUUGCAGGAUACGGCUCUGAUGCUCCGAUUCAAAGAAUCGACCUUGACGGACAAGAGAAUCUCGGCUCAAGAGUCAUUGGUUAUCAACCAGAAGAAGGUGUUGAGUAUCCUGUUCUUUUCGAAACUACAUUUGACAAAUGUGUUGAGUUUUUGUAA